AAACAGCAGUUCCCUGAGCGUGAUCUUGAAAGCAGGAGCCUCAGUGUAGAGGACACCAGCAACGCCCAUGUUUCAACUAGAUGGCUACUUUUAGAGGUUGUGAUGAAGUUGUGGGUUGUCGCCAACCUGGACCCUGCACAGACAUGCAGCAGCCAUUAGUGACUAAAGAAGAUGUUGUGCCUGAGCAGUGGGAAUGGAAUCAGAGUCGGGACGAAAAGGACUCAGAGCCUCCACACAUUAAAAAGGAACAGGAGGAAUGCUGGAGUGAAGAUGAAGAAAAACCACAGUCUUCAGGACAUCAUCAAAACCAAAGAGACCAGAGCACAGAAGUGGAGAGCAACUCGACUAAACACAGAACCCCGAAAAUAGAAGUUAAAGAAGACUACUGUGGAGAAUCACCACCAGCCAGCAAUUCAGAUUUACAACCACAUACGGAUGAUGUGCAACAGUUGUUGGUGAUGAAAGAAGAAAUUCUCCUUGAACACCAGGAAUUAAAACUGAGUGUUGACCAGGAGGACCUUGAAGAGGAACAAGAGAAACUCUGGAUAUGUCAGCAGGGACAGCCGCUUCACCAGCUGGAGGAGGCUGAUAUCACUAAGUUCCCUUUCACUGCUGUCGUUAUGAAGAGUGAAAAUGAUGAUGAAAAACCAGAGUCAUCACAGCUUCAUCAAAGCCAAAGAGAUGACAGCCCAGAGGCUGAGCCUGCAGCCAACUGCUUAUGUGUAUACAGAGCACUGACAGUACAGGCUGCUGGAGAGGACUAUGGAGGGCCACAUCCAGCCAGCAACUUCAGUCCAUAUAGUCUUUUGCAAGCAGACACCAAUGACAGGAGUUCAGACAGUUCUGAAACUGAGACUGACAACAGUUGUGAUUGGCAACAGACCAGAGAACGUCAUUCUUGUUUGAACUGUCAGAUAAAUUGCAGUGUCUCAAAACAGCAUGGUGGAAUGCAAGUAAGUGAAAAACCAUUUGACUGUUCUGGAUGUGGUAAAAGAUUUGGACAGAAGGAGGAUUUGAUCAAACACAUGAGAAUUCAUACAGGAGAGAAACCAUUUGACUGUUCUGAAUGUGGUAAAAGAUUCAGACUGAAGGGUAAUCUGAUCAAACACACAAGAAUUCAUUCAGGAGAGAAACCGUUUGACUGUUCUAAAUGUGGUAAAACAUUUGGUCAGAAAAGUAAUCUGAUCACACACAUGAGAAUUCAUACAGGCGUGAAACCAUUUGAUUGCUCUGAGUGUGGUACAAAAUUUGGACGGAAGGGCAAUCUGAUCACGCACAUGAGAAUUCAUACGGGAGAGAAAACAUUUGGCUGUUCAGAGUGUGGUAAACGAUUUAGACAAAAGAGCAAUCUUAUUUCACACAUGAGAAUUCAUACAGGGCUGAAACCAUUUAGCUGUUCUUAUUGUGGUCAAAUAUUUCAACAUAGGAACAGUCUGGUCACACACAUGAGAAUUCACACGGGACAGAAACCAUUUGGGUGUUCUGACUGCGGUAAAAUAUUUCAACAUAAGAACAGUCUGAUCACACACACAAGAAUUCACACGGGAGAGAAACCAUUUGACUGUUCAGAGUGUGGUGUAAGAUUUGGACGAAAGAGCAGUCUGACCAAACACACAAGAAUUCAUACAGGAGAGAAACCAUUUGUCUGUUCUGAGUGUGGUGAAAGAUUUCGACACAAGAACAGUCUGAUUACCCACAUGAGAAUUCAUACAGGAGAGAAACCAUUUGACUGUUCUGAAUGUGGUGUAGGAUUUGUUCAGAAGAGCAGUCUGAUCAAACACAUGAGAAUUCAUACAGGAGAGAAACCAUUUGAUUGUUCUGACUGUGGUAAAAGAUUUAGACAGACAAGCAGUCUUGUCACGCACAUGAGAAUUCAUACGGGACAGAAGCCAUUUGACUGUUCCGUUUGUGGUAAACGAUUUCGACAUAAGAACAGUCUGAUCAAACACAUGAGAAGUCAUAAGGGACAGAAACUAUUUGUAGAGGCAGAGGAAGGAAAAAUCAAAAACGUGUGAACCAUCUGCUGUUCAUGGAUGAUUUAAAAAUCGAUGCCAACACAAAAAAGGGGCUCAGUUGAAUUGUGGAAGCAGUCCAUAAGUUCUCCAAAGACAUUUGUAUGGAAUUUGCACUGGAUAAAUGCUCAAAAUACACAAUCAGAAGAGAGAAAAAGAAAGCAGCAGAAAACAUACAGUUGGAUGAGGGGAGCUACAUUGAAGAUUUGGCUGAAGACUCCACAUCACAUACAAAUACUUGGCAAUUGAAGAAAAUGCUACAAUAGAGCAUAAGAAAAUGAGGAAAAAAUAACACAAGAAUACCUAAACUGCUUACAAAAGAUCUGCAAAACAGAGUUGACACCAAA